GUUUUUAAUUUUCCCGACUGUUGCGGGUCACAUGAAAAUAGAAAAGAAAUCACUUUGUCAUUAUGGGUGUUUUAAAAAAAUCAGGCAGGCAAGACUGUUCAUAUUUGUAGGAUGUAUCGUAAAAACUGAAAACAUGUUUGAAAAAACUAAUAAGUGUUUUGAAAAAUAAAAAGAGAAAGGGAACACAGAAACAGUUUUAGGACAGAUCCAAUGCAUGCGUCGUAUGGAUGUAGUGUUGAAAAGAGGGAAAGAGGGGGCUGGGGGGCACCCGUCGCCGAGAUAGAGAGAGUAGCGCAUGCAGUCGCAGUGAUUCCAUAAAACGCGGCGUUUCCGAUACGAGCUUCUGCGGACUCUUUCAGCAUUCACGCUUUUUUCUCUAUCUUUGUCUUUUCUUCUGCUUUUUUUGGGUCUGGACGCAACUCAUUCAAACUUGUCUCUAGGCUCUUAACCGAUAUUGCCUCCUAGCAAAUCGGUUUUGUUUCGGGGAAUGCGCGGCUGGGUUUUGGGCGGGGGAGCUCGUGAUCCUUGAAUUGAGAGGUUGGUAUUGGGUCGUGGGGUUGAGAUCCACUGUUUCAGCUGUGAAACGGUGGAAAAUGAUGCGUUUACUGUUGGGCGUUUCCUUUUUUGGGAAUAAAAUUGGUUUGCUUUUGGUGGCAUUUCUUUUUUUUUUUUUUUCUUUUUCAUUUGAGGUACCUGGAAAGGGCUUUAGAAAUGUUUGUUAUGAGAAUAGAAUAGAAGCCUCCUCGUCUAUGAAGGCAUUCAAAUCAUGGAGGUGGCUGUUUAGAAAAAGAAAUGCCGUCUUUGAUGGGGGUGUGCAGGGAAAACCAGGAUUUAAUAAGAUGAAACAACUUCCUUUUAUGGGAAUUGUAUGUAUUGUAAUGCUGGUCAUUGUAUACAGAACCACAAAUUAUCAGUAUCAACAAACAGAGAUGGAAACAAAAUUUCAACCCUUUGGCACAGUAGAGGGCCUAGCAUCUAUGACUUUGGUUAAUUUACCACGUGGUAUAAUUCAAGCUCGUUCAGAUUUGGAGUUAAGGCCUCUAUGGUCAACAAGUAGUUCAAGGUCAAAGGUUGAUGAUUCCAGCGAGCAUAAUUUGCUGGCAAUUCCAGUUGGUAUUAAGCAGAAGUAUAAUGUUGAUGCCAUUGUUGAAAAGUUUCUUCCAGAGAAUUUUACAAUCAUUCUAUUCCAUUAUGACGGAAAUGUGGAUGGGUGGUGGGAUCUUGAUUGGAGUAGCAAGGCCAUACACAUAGUUGCUCAGAACCAAACAAAAUGGUGGUUUGCAAAACGCUUUCUACAUCCAGAUGUUGUAUCCAUUUAUGAUCACAUCUUCCUUUGGGAUGAAGAUUUGGGAGUUGAAAAUUUUCACCCAAGAAGAUACUUGGACAUCAUGAAAUCAGAAGGACUAGAGAUUUCUCAACCAGCUUUAGACCCAAAUUCUACAGAUAUACAUCACAGGAUCACCAUCCGGAAAAGAAUGAAGAAGGUUCAUAGAAGAGUCUGGGACCUUAGAGGUAGUGUGAAGUGUUCAAAUAUUAGUGAAGGACCACCAUGCACUGGUUUUGUAGAAGGAAUGGCUCCUGUAUUUUCAAGAUCUGCCUGGCGUUGUACUUGGCAUCUCAUACAGAAUGAUCUUGUGCAUGGAUGGGGAAUGGAUAUGAAACUUGGGUAUUGUGCACAGGGGGACCGGUCAAAAAAGGUGGGAGUCAUUGAUAGUGAAUUCAUUGUUCAUCAGGGCAUACAAACUCUGGGUGGUGGCAGUCCCUCUGCAAAAAAGGUUUCAAAAGAUACGUUUCUUGACGAAACAGUGAAGAGACAAGGUGCUCCUGCUGUUGAUACACGAUCUGAGAUUAGAAGGCAGUCAACAUGGGAGCUUCAUGUCUUCCGAGACCGGUGGGAUAAAGCUGUAAAAGAGGAUAGGAAGUGGGUUGAUCCAUUUAAGAAAAUCCAAAGACGCCGCAUCCAAAAACGCAAAAGCCAUCAAUUCUGAGCUGAACCUCACCAAGCUACUCAGAAUUCUGAGUUGGCCUUCAUACAGCUGCAGUUAGUCUCACCUAUACUUUGUAACACUGUAGGAUCCAUUGAAUCCUCAUAAUUAGUUCAUUAUUUGAAAUCAUUAUAGGUUUUGUAUUUGGUCACUCAUGUAUCUAGUUGUUGUAACUGUUUUUGAUCCUGUAUUUUCUUCAUGCCUUCAAUAUAAAGGAUGGUUAUCCACAAUGUUGAUUAUAGUGGGAAACAAAGAACUAAGAAUUAUUUUACUGUA